AUGUCAUUGCUUGGAAGGGAUGACAGCAGUGACCUGAACCCCUUAGACAACAGGUCUAAGUCAUCCUCACAGAGCAGCAGUAGCAUUACUUCAAAGAAUGUCCAUCCUGCUGGGGAAUACAGUGGAUUAUAGAUGAUGCAAACCUUGAUCCACUUGUUGAAAUGCAACAUUGGCACAGGUUUCCUGGGGCUUCUACUGGGCAUGAAAAAUGCCAGCUUAUUGGUUGGUGCUCUCAGCCUGCUGGCCACUGGGAUCCUCACCGUGCACUACGUGGUCAUCCUAUUGAACUGUGCUCAUCAUGUCAGCCAGAGACUUCAAAAAACUUUUCUGAACUAUGGCGAAGCCAUAAUGUACUGCCUCGAAACCUGGCCUAACACCUGCCUGAGGAUCCACUCGGUGUGGGGAAGGUAUACUGUCAGCUUCUUAUUAACCAUCACUCAGCUGGGCUUCUGCAGUGUUUAUUUUAUGUGUAUGGAAGACAAUUUGCAACAGAUGGUGGAGGAAGCCCGUGUGACCUCCAGAAUCUACCAUCCCAGAAAGAUGCUGGUGCUGACCCCCAUCCUGGAUAUCCAUUUCUAUAUGCUGAUAAUCCCGCCCUUCCUGGUCCUGUGGGUGUUCAUCCAGAACCUCGGGGAACUCUCCGUCUUCUCAACACUGGCCAUCAUCACCACUCUGGGGAGCAUGGCUCUAAUAUUUCAGUAUAUUGCGUAGGGAAUCCCAGAUGCCAGCAAACUACCCUUGAUGGCAAGCUGGAAGAUCUUCUUGCUGUUCUUUGGUACUGCCAUCUUCACAUUUGAAGGCGUUGGUAUGGUUCUGCCCCUCAAAAACCAGAUGAAGCAUCCGCAGCAGUUUUCCUUUGUCCUGUACUUGGAGAUGACCCUUGUCAUUGUCCUCUACAUCUGCCUAGGGACACUGGGCUACAUCAAGUUUGGGUCAGGCACCCAAGCCAACAUCACCUUCAACUUGCCCAAUUGCUAGUUCUACCAGUCAGUCAAGCUAAUGUACUCUAUUGGCAUCGUCUUCACCUAUGCCUUCCAGUUCCACAUCCCAGCUGACAUCAUCAUCCCCUUCUCUGUCUUCCAGUUGUCAGAGAGUUGGGCACUGCUUGUAAACCUGUCUGUCUGCACAGCCUUGGUCUGUCUGACCUGUGUCUCAGUCAUCUUCAUCCACCACCUCGACGUGAUCAUCUCCCUAGUAGGCUCCCUGAGUAGCAGCACCCUGACCCUCAUCAUCUCAUCCUUUCUGGAGAUCCUCACCUUUUACCCUGAAGACAAGAACUGCAUCACCAUUGCAAAGGACACCAUGAUCACCAUCCUGGGCAUUUUGGGGUGUACACUUAGGACAUACCAAGCCCUAUAUGAACCAACCCAACCCAUCAACCAUCUCAUGGCCAAUGCCACAGAUGUCUAUGCAUAAUUAUCUAUUUUAUUCUAAUAGCUCUCCUUUCCUCCCACCCCCAAUUUGUUUUUCAUUGUGGAUGAUACAUACAUGCGUCAAACCCCAACAUCUCUGUAUUAACUGGUGGCU